UUCUCAAGAUGGUGGCAUGUUUACUAAACACAAAAUAUCCCUCCAGAUCAACGCCCAGUUGGAGAAUGUCACAGAGCUGCAGCCCGCUGAUCAAGAAGAUUUUAGAUGGUGUAUGAAGUUACAAUGUAUGAACUGUAAUGAAGAAACUCCAGACUUUGUGUUCUGUUGUUUGUCAGAAAGUAGUAAACUUUUUGGAGGAAGAGGGUCGGCCAGUUUAGUUAUAAAGUGUAAAUUAUGUGAACGAGAAAACUCGAUAGAUAUCAUGAAAGAUUCUUUAUCAAGUUGUAUGUCGGAAGAUUCCGGAAAAUUUAAAACAAUUGUAACAUUUGGUUGUCGUGGAGUACAGCCUAUAGAAUUUAAACCAAACGAUGGAUGGAAAGUAAAAGCUGAAGGAGAAAAAUCUAAUGCUACAUUUGAAUUGGAUUUGACAGAAAACGAAUGGAGCGAUUAUGAUGAAAAAGCCAGCGCAUUCGUCAGUGUCAAAGAAUUUAAAUAUAAGUUUGAAUAAUUUAAUUGAUGACUUUUUAAAGUGAACAUUUUCAUAUUCAUCAUACUGUUCAAGUAACUUAUUUUCUUGGUGAAAAUGAUAAAGCCUCUUGAAUGUGGGCAUAAAUGAAUAUUCUUCCUUCCGACAGACUCACACAUACAUUUAUUCCUAGGAUAAGUACAAGAGACACUUAACUGUUUACAAAGGAAUAGGAAUAAAUGUAUGUGUGAGUCUGUCGGAAGGAAGAAUGUUGGACUAUCAUUAGGUGUGCUAUGUUGUGUGCAUUUUAAUACUAAUAUUUUGUAAUUCACUUAAAUAUGGCUUAACCAUUUAAUCCCUAUGUAGCUCACUACUCCUCUGAUGUUUUCGUAACAUGUAUGGCUUCCCUUUUGUUUGGUUUAAUGGUAUGUUUACCCCUAUUAUCAGUCCUUUAUUAUUCCCUUGAUGUACCCUCACCUAGCCAAUCACAUCAUGUAUGGUUUCUCAUUUGUCAUGAUUGGUUGUCCAAUUAAAAUUAUUUACCCCUAUAAUCGGUCAUAUGUAUAUUGCCUUUGAUCAUGUUGUUUUUUAAUCCUUUGAUCUUGUUGUUGUCAUGCAUGGUUUCUGAAUUGUUGUUAUUGCUUGUCUAUAUAUAAUUGCUCUACACAUUUGUUACUGUACUUGCUUGAAAACGUUGAGAGAAUACUCUUCGAAACGUCGCCCAAAUAAAUCAGUAAUUGUUUUCCCAUAAGUAUGUGUUAUAGUUUAUUGCUCUAUCCAGUUACUAAAUGCCUCUAAAAGAUCAAAAUAAUUAAUGUUUCUUACAUUAACCACUUCAAGAUCAACUGGCUAGGCUAGCAAGUCGUUAACCUGUCACCACUUUUCAAGCCGUCAUUGGGUAACGACAUUAAUCCCAUCUAUUGUUUUAGUUGAUUUAUUAUAUUGGUUAACAGUUUAUGCAUUGUUCAUCUAUCGACAUGUCAGUUUUAAUUACAACAUUUACUUUAAUCCUAUUAUCGGAGUUUCCUUAAAUAUAACAAAAUUUGUACAUUGAAGGCAGUCACUAGUUAGGAUACCUUACUAAGUGCAGUAACUGGCCUGUCAGUACUGUAUGACGAUAUAUGUAUAUUUAUGUUCCGGUAUCUUAAAGAAUUGAAGAAUCAUUCUAAGUCUGUUAUAUCCGAAGAAAGAAUUUACACUUCUAAAAUUUUGUCUCAAUGCUAUAUUAUAAGCCUUUAUUCACAUCUUAUUGGUUGACUAAAUAUGUGUGAAUUAUCGUUGGUAAAAUUUUAGCUAUUUUAUUUUUCAUGUUUUUUUACCUCAUUCUUAUUAAUUUUCUUAUUUUUUUUAAUAAGUUGAGACAUUGGACAACAGUCUAACAUGUUGUGUCUAUAAAAAUAUUUUAUUGUGUUUUCUUAUAAUAACAACAAAGUUGUUUUACUUGUUAUGUCAAUGGAUGAUUAAAUUAUUAAUAAAUAGAUUGGUUUAAA